AUGCUCCUAUUGCAUCUAAUUAAAAUCAGCACCAAAUACAUCGAAGACUUUUACAGUAUUAAAGAUGCUAGUGCAGAUAAAAAGGCACUUGCAUGCAGUGAUGUGACACUUUCGAGUUACGUGGAGGUUGUUGGCCUGGAAUUAAACGAUGCCGGGGGAACAGUAUCAAUUCAUGUAGCAGGGAAUUUAAAAGCAGACAACUACCCAAAACCAGCAUCAACCCCAGGGCAAUCAAUUGGAUGCAAAGAAGAUUUCAUCAAAUUUCUGGAAGAAAGAGAGUCAUACAACAAUCUCAUUGAGGAGACUAAAGAAAUUAAGAAAGAAAAUGAAGACUUCAAAGAUCUCAUGCGAGAAUUGUCAAAUAUGGCACUUCCGAUUGAAUAUAGAGAUUUCAUAGAUGAAUUCACACGGGAAAAGCUGUGUAAAGGAACAGAUUUGCCAAAAUACAUUAAGGAUGGAUGUGGUAAGUUAAAGGCAAUUUUUAACUGCUUUGAAAUUGGAAAGGCUGCAUUUCCUGAUGGUUCAUCAGGAAAGAAACACGUAUUUGUGGUCUAUAAAGUAAAAGGAAAUGAUACUGUCACUAUGAUAGCAGAGUUCAAGAUGAAGAAGACGGAUGCAUCGGUGUUAAGUAUAAAAGACUACGGUAGGAUCACAAGGAGAAUGGUCAUCACAUUGAUUGUGGUUGCACUAGUAUUGAUCAUCCUUAUCAUAUUUUUCUUCAGAUGGUUGUUUGGAGACAGCAAAAGUAUAACAGAAACUGCCAUAUGA